AUGCCUUCUCAGUAUGUUUCACUCAAAGAUCUUAGUCCUAUGCACAGAAAUAGAGCAAUAAGAGUUAGAUUGGUAAGAACAUAUCAAAUACCUGAGUUGAGAGGAGGUCAAACCAGUAAGAGCAUGGAAUUGUUGCUCCGUGAUGUUGAGGGAGCAUAUAUUCAUGCCAAUAUCCUUAAGAAUGAUGUGGCGAAAUACAGAGAUAUAUUCUCUGAGGAACUAUUCUUUGUUGUUAUGUCUUUAGUGAUAUAUAUAUGCUCUGUUUUUAAAGAUGUAAUCGGCAGAGUGGUUGCGAUAUAUGCUCCUCUUGAUAAGAUCAUUGCUGGAAAAUCAUCUAGACUCAUGGACUUCGUUAUUGCUGACACUGAGCAAAAUACUUUAAAAUGCACAGUAUGGGAUGAUCAUGUUGCUACCAUGAUUCCUUUCUACAAUGCUGAUUUGAAAGAACCACUUAUAGUUGUUCUCCAGUUGUGUCGUGCUAAAAUUGUGAAUGGUGAAGUGAGGAUCACCAGUUCAUAUGAUGCAACAAAAUUGCAUUGCAAUGAGUCUUUUGCUGAAUUUCUGGAGUUCAAAUCCAAGUUAGUGUCUGGUCAAAGUCCUGUUCGCAGUAUAAGUACUGCAACAGUAUUGUCUCAAUCAGAAGGUAUUGGUGAUUUCACAAGUGGUUCUAAGGUGGUUACAACUAUUUCUGAUUUGUUAGAUCAAAAAGAGAAUGGUGAUUACUAUGUUCCAGCUGAAAUUUUAGGGAUUGAAGGUUCUGGUGAAUGGUAUUACAUAUCAUGUACAGUGAGGUACAAGGUAGUACUCAGGGUUCUUGACAGGACUGGAAAUGCUCCCUUCGUUUUAUGGGAUAGGGAAGUUGCCGAAAUAGUGGGAAUCCCAGCAGCUGUUUUGUUUGAAAAAUUCCAGAAGGAGAGUGCCAUUCCACCUGAAAUAGAGUCACUUAUUGGCAUGCAAAUGAUUUUCAAAAUAUCACUGAAAAUGGAAAAACGCAGAGGUCCAACUUCAGCUUUCAAUGUUAUGCAAGUCUUAAGGGAUGAAGAAUUAGUUUCUACCUACUGUACAAGUUUUAAUGACCAGCCAGAAAAGGACCUAAUGUCUAUGAUGAUUGAAGAGGAUGAUGAUGAUGAAGAAUCAGAUUUGGAAGCUUCAAGGGAGGAUGAGGUCAAUAGUCCAGGCAAUGCAAGGCAGAUGAAGAACAACUUUACUGAGUCUGAAGACUGUGAUACUGUCAAGAGAUGCCUAAUGGACCAGUAUUCUUCAUCAAACAAAUUGAAAAAGUCCAAGUUGGCUAGCAUCAAACAGGAGAAGUUGGAGAAGUGUAAGCCUACAUCUACUAAGGAGUACAAGCAAAGGCAGCUAACAAGCAACAUUUGGAAAGCAACGUAG